GUUUCUAUCGCAGCCAUGUGGCGCAAAGAGAAACAACCGGUUAGAGAAGUUGAGGAAACCGAAAUAGUUGAGGAGGCAGCUACCGCUGCUCAUGUAGAACCUCAUCUCACACUUCCUUCAGCUGACUUAAGCACUUUAAUAACAUCUAUACAGCAGCUUACAGCCCAGCAAGCGGCAUUCAUGAAAGAAACGCAAGUCAUCCAUGAACGAUUAGCCCAUAACCAAGAAGAAGAGCCCGCCUACGGGUACAGCUCAUAUGAGGAACAAAACUCAUAUAGUGAUUCGGAUGAGUAUGAGCCAUCUUACGCUAGUGAGGACUGCAAUCCUAUUGAGGAGAUGGAUGAAGAGGAAGGUGAUGAUCAACAAACCAAUUCUGAGAGUUCCGAUCAAGGAGAUGAAUACUCCAAAGCGAGCCAACAUAGUGAGGAUGAACGGUUGACUACCAAUGAAAUCGAGGAUCAGUCAAGUGAUGAAUCUUGCAAAGAAUGGGGAGACGACUAUGGGGAUCCAUCCCCUAAUGACCAUUCCAGUUCUUCACCCCAUGAGUAUCGUGGGUUCACUUUGGCUAAAACAAGGUUGUAUCACCCCCGAAUCAGCAACUUCACGUUCGGGUAUGCAACUAGUAGUGGGACAACUCACAAGAGGGAAUCCAACUAUUGUGAACCACUACUGCCCUUAGUUGGUCAUAAUAGAUUGCAUAAUUACAGCCCACAAAAUUCAACGAACCCCUUGAGGUGUGGGCCAACGAAGGCAGCAAGCUUACAGCCCUCUACUGCCAUUUCGCUUAAGUCAACCAGCAGCCAUUCAAAGCCAAAUAAAAAUCAGAAAAUCCACAACCGGGCAGAUCAGCAAAAAGGGAACAAGCUGAAAGAUAUUUUGGCAACCUCAGAUUUAGGAAGGAGGCCUAAGCCCCGAACAAGGAGCAACUUUGUAAAUGGUCCUUCACUGAAAACAGAGAACCGAAAUCAACAACUUUCAAAGGAACCAUUGAAAGAUCCCCUACCAGCAGCGUAUAAUUUGCGGGAGGCAAUAAGGAAGAUUCAGUCCUCUACCAAACCCGAUAAAAUGCAGCAACAAAAAACGACCAGCAGUCGUGUUCCUGUUCGGAACAAGAUGCCAAUUCCAGCAAGGCUUGAACCCGCUAAAAAUGCUAACGUCUUGAGAAUAAGUCCAGCCAUGGUACGCAAGAAAGAACAGGUUGCUAAGGCACCCGAGGGAGCUAAGGUGGGUGAUGAUGGUACAGCCACCAUUAGAGAGCAACCACCAGCCGAGAAGCCCCAUUUCACUCUAACUGAUGCGUUGACCAUGAUUAGACGGAUUGUAGCGAAGAAUGACGAACUAUUAGAGCAAAUGUACUUCCAACGACAGAAUGAGCAAAGAACCUUCCUAAGUGCGCCAGCUCAUGGGCAAGGCAAUGGCCCCCAACAAGAGCAGGCUGAGAAUUCGGAUAAAUCGGAUGAAGAGGAUGAGGCUGUGGCAACCCGUGAGAAACCAACCGGUCAAUUCCCGACUUCUAACGAUAAAAUUUCAGAUUUAUUAAAGGACCUGAAAACGGGUGAGCAUCAAACUCUAGAAAGGCGAAAUGAAAACAUUAAGAAUGCUGAAAUCCAUGAGGACAAAGAGCUCGCCCCUAUGGACCACAUUGAGGUAGCGGCAACCCUUUAUGAUCAGCUGGAAUCAAUACCAUGGAGUACCUUCACAGCGAGUGAGGCAUCAUCUAAGGAGGAUGGCGAUGACAACACAAAUUUUUCAGCCCGUAAGAAUGGGAACUGUGGCCAGCUAGAAUGGGCAGAUCUUGGGCAGAACGUGUUGAAGCAACUCCCAAACACCACCUUCGUUCUUAAGACCAAUAAUAGUCUUCACAUGCCAACGUUUGCACAUUAUCUUAAGGCUGAAGUGCACCCACAAGUUAGGCUGAUUUUUGACCAUGGGAAGUCCAUACAAGGGUCGGCAACAAAAUGUUACAAGGAACUUCACAAGAGAAUGGAGUCCCAACUUGGACGACUCCCGAUCGAUUAUGGACCGUGCUACCCUCUACUAUUGAUAGGAUGGUUCAAGGCCAAACUGGGAAACGAAUUGGCAGCACUUGGAGAGCGUUGUAGGGCAAGGCCUAAGAGGCUUAAAGGCCAAGUCUAUGAUCGAGGAAGGUUGCAUGGGGCAGCGAUAUUAAGUGACAACCCAAGACAUCAAGACCAGCGAAGGACAUUACUGGGGCUGUUGCAGCGGGAUUAUGGACCAGCUAGAAGCAAGGCCUCGCUGGAUAAGAGUGGUCGGUUCACCCUAGGGGACUGCCAAGGUCGAGCUUGGGGACAAGCUCGUUCUAAGGGGGGUGGAUCUGUUACAGGUCCGCCUAGGAGUUGGCCGAGGAUUGCCAACGAUGCCGCCGAUGGCCGACCGGGUGACGAGACCAGCCAGCUACAACGCCGGGCGAGCGUCGGCCACGAGCGCCAAAGUGGGCCGGGCACGGCCGAAGGUGGCGCGGGCCAGCACGCCGUCGCGAGGCUGCCGAGAGAUGAGGGCGCCGAGCGCCCACGCCGAGCGGGGAAAGCACCCGCAGCCACUGACCCUGCUUCCUUUUGUUGUGAGGCUAACGUGUUUUGCAGGGUGCGGGACCGGGACGCAAAGGAGGUUACCCAUGGAGGGGCCACGGCUGCGGUUGCCGAUGACGACGCCAAGAGCCCGAACGCGCCAGCCAUCGCGGAGGAGAGCACGAGCGAGGGUACUACGCGGCCAAGGGAGGUUGAUGAGAUGACAGCCCCACACUCGACCCGUGCACUUACUCCGAGUGAGGCUAGCCCGUCGAUUGGAGGACUUCAUGCUAAAGCGCUUGGACACGGUGAGGCCACGCUGCCCACCCAAGCCAAGCCAGACGUACUCGAGCGGAGUGGGCUGGACUUAGCACGCGGGGCUCAGCUUGCUGGACACGACAUGGAGACAGGGUGUUCUGGACAGAGACUGACGAGUUCUAGACUGUCAAACGGAGGACGCACGGACUGGACAGGAACAGGGGUCGUUCAGGCGUUCAGAACAGAGACAGAGCUGACAGACAGGACGGACAGCCACAGGACAGGCACAGAGGAUGUCCUGACGUCCGGAACAGAGACAGUCCAGGAAACUGAGACGGGCAGAUACGAAGGCCGUCUAGACCGAGUCUAGACGAAGUGGGUUAGGACCCAAGCGAGGCAUCGAGGCAGCACCCAGGAGCGGAAGGGAGACCCGAGUUGGAGUCUUGUUGGUAGGCCGUCUCGGCCGUACCGAUUCACUUUGUACAUGUUUUAUUUCAGCUUUUGCUCUUGUACCGGGACGGUUCAGGGGCGUCCCGAGUGACUUAGCCUUUAUAAGCUAAGUGAUGGAACUUUUACCCUAAGUUUUUGCAUAAUGAAAUAGAGUUUCUUCUCUCUCGCACGAGAGUUUGUUCCCAUGGAGGCUGAGAAGCUUUCCCCCAUGAAUGCCUGCAACUCCCUUCCUCUCUGAGAAGCCAUUGGCCGGAGAAGACGCCGGAGUGCGGUCGGAAAGUCGAGCAACCAGAGGGCUGGCGCCGGAGGCCAGCACCGGACGCUCGGCUGCGAGUUCUUCCUCUCCCAUUUGCUGAAAACGGAGGUUCUGUGAAGCCCCUGGCCGGAACCGUGGAGAAGACGAUCGGAGUGCUGGUAGCUCGACCACGGAGCUGCUGUGAGGCUGCGUUCGUCAAGGGAGAGCAGCGGAUGUGGCUGCGCUGGUUUCAGCAACGCCUUCCCUGCUGAAAACGACAUCCGGCGGUCUUCAAGAGGUAAGCCUUGAUCUCCCACGGCUUCCUCUAGUUGUCCGUUCGUUCCAGAAGGUGGCUCUAACGCUGCUGACGCCGGAGGUGCUUCUAACUCGUUUAGAAUCCACCGAAGGUAGCUCGGGCGAUUGUCGCUGGCUUGAAGAGUCGUCCGAUCGGUUUUAUUGAUUGUGAGCAGCGCAUUCGGGCGGAAUCCUUCCGUUCGUCUAACACUGUGAGCAGGGAUUUAAAUCGAUGGGAGACUAAGUGAUUUCUGUAGCAUGUGUUUACUCUUGCUUCUGUAAUGUUAUUGCUGCGAGAAAUCGAGGAGAAACGCAAAGGAAUCGAAAGGAAAAUGAAAAACGGAAUAGCCUUCAACCGGUUUCUGGAAAACAGGCCCUGAACCCUGAUAAAACGUAAAUCUGAAGAAAUACAGAGAGGGUUUUGACGAUCCGAUCUUCUGUGACUUUCCCCUCAUCAAUACGAAACCAACAAACCCGAAAUGAGUCAAAUCCGACCAGAAAUGAGGGAGAUAUCGCAGUUUGAAUAGCCUGGACUGUUUUCCCCAAUUUUGCCGCCGACCAGUCCCUGGAAACCUGCAAAUCUGAAGAAAAUGGUGUACAAUCUCGACGAUCGGCCACUGUGGUUGCCUUCCUAACAUCCUUACGCACAUUUCAAGCUAAGGAGGCCCCAAAUCCGACGUCGGAUGACUGAGAUAUGAUCGACGGCCUGAAUCUGAAAAAGAACGGCGGUGGAAUUCUGCAAUCUCCGCCCGAACGGCGGCAGCGCCCCCAUCUUCAUUAGAAUUUGGGGAAAACCACCAAAUCCGGUGAUCUGACUAUCCUCAUUCGAUCAAUCCUGUUGUUCUUGAUCUAUUCCUGAUAUCUAAUGCUCUGAUUAACAUUUUGAUUGAAUAUGAUCAACCGGAGAAUCGAUUGAAGCUCUGGAAUCCUUCCUGCACCCGCCUGAGUGGAUGAACACUGCUGCAGCGUCGCGUGCCUUCCAGGAGCUAUCACCUGAGAGCGAAUCUGAGCCGGGCCUCUUGAGAGUUCCUUCCUUGGUGUCUUAGGAGUCUCCCGGUGAAAUUUGGCAUUCAUUGGACGAAGGAAAUGACUGGAACGAGGAUCUGAAGCCGAAGCUGUCUGAACCAUUUCCUGUCGUCCUGAACAGAGCUCCACCUUGCGGCGUCCAGCUCCAAAACUGCUCAACGUCUUGCCCAAGGAGGUCUUGUUUGGGCCCAAUCUUUUGGGCGUCCAAACCUUGGUGUAUCAGCUCCCUUCAAUCCAAAUUUCAGGAUUUUUGGGUGUCUGGAUCAACGGGAAUGAAUUUUUGAAGACGGACUACUCUGGAACUCGCCUGCGUUCUGUUCUGUUCCUGAACAGAGCCUGUUGACUGUGACAGUUCGGCGCCUUCAGCCUUCAACGACUUGACCUUAGAGGGCUCCGAUUGCAGUGAUUUUUGGAGCGUCCCUUCAUAAUCAUCAGAGGCAGCUACCCACCAAAUUUCAGCUCAAUCCGAGCUGUGGAUGAUUUUUAAUGAUUUUUGGAAGAUCGGCAAAGCCUGAGAAUCCAGAACCUUCACCAGAGAACCAGGGAGCUUAAGCUGUCCAGGACAGCGCGCGUGCUUCGGCGUCAAUCGAAGCUUGCCUCACCCCUUCAUCGUCUAGCUCCAGGGGUUUAAUCCUCAAUCUGGUGUUGCGGACAGCAGGGCCUAAUCCAUUGCAGCUACACCGGUUAGGAGACAUAGCUUACGCCGGGCUAAGCGGCGCUUGCCUCCCCCUAAACUCAACAACGAACAGGGGUAAAACGUUCUCACGGUGAAGUCUCCUAACGAUGCUUGGGAAUACUCCGUUUCCUUGCUAUUUUCGACAGUAACCUUCUCUAUUCAUUUUCUGGAGUGUAUUGCUGAGAAGGAGGAGCAGUCCAGCAACCGUGUGCUGAGCUGAUCCCGGGAGAAGAAGGGUGUACGCUGUCACCUUGUCAGCGCUAGCUUCCCCCUACUUCAUCACAGCACUAGGGGUUCCAACGUUUCCAGCUAAGUGCAAUCCCUUCUCCCGUCUUGAGUUGCUGAAUUACAAAACAGUAACUAUGCUGUCUAUGUCUUGAGCAAGGAGGAGAGACCAACUUGAACGGGCACCUCGCUUGCGAAGACCGACGUGCUGAUUACCAAGGGGCUUUGGCCUUUGCCCUUGGUCGCUUGCUGAACUAGCUUCAGCCAGGUAGGCACCCGAAUCACCCUAUAGAUUCGAGGGCGGGUGCACUUGUUUUCAGCCUUGCCUCCGGGCGUGUAGUGCUGGGGUUACCUCCAAAGCUCGAUAGCUAAGGACACGAACCCGGACUACGGACCUUCCUAGGGUGCAUGGUGAUGGUUUGCACGUCCUAGGGAUUGUAUGAAUGGUUUGAUACGAAUGAUGAAUGCUGGAUUGAGUGAGGAAUGAGCUAUUGUUGUACGCUACGCUUGUACGGCCUCGAACCCAACUUGUUGUAGUAGGUUCAGACCUAGUUUAGCAAAGGGUAAACCAUUCCUUGUAUCCUUACCCAAGGGCAUUUGAGCUGGGAUUGUGUCCAGCCGGGGUUGAAAUUUUGUAAGGCCAAACUUGGGCCAGCUACAUUACCACUAAGAGGUCUUGGGAGGUUACGUUCGUCGGCGGCUUUGAGGCGCUACA